AUGGUACGCCCCGGGGGGCGUGGUGUGGCAGUCGGCGGAAUCCGUAGUCGAACGUCGCGUUUUGCGCACCGUCGCCGCGAGAUAACCGCUCCUCAAGCAUCGGCGACGAUAAGGAGCAGAGCGAAAGCGAGUUCACGGCGCGCCCAUGCACCAUCGCUGAGACCAAACUUUACAACGACGAGCCUCUCUUGCCUUCGCCUCGACAUGAACCAUCAGCCGGUUGUUGUCAAUUCACUCCUCUGCUUUAUCCAUAAUUUCCGCGGCAAUCCACAAGUUCGCAGUCUUGUCGCAGAGUACUUCCCCAAGACGGCUAUAGCUGAGGCAAGGAACAUCCUUUGCUCGAAAGUGGCUGAUGAGUCGCCUGUACCGGAAGACGUCUUCGACCUCUAUGAUUUACUUGUGACCAGAGAAGAACAGAUGCAGUUUGCUGCUACUGAUCUCACCAUAUUGCCGCUAGCCUUACUCUCAAAGGACGAGGAUAAAAAUGAAAUUAUGCGAGAGCUAAAGACCUUGCGCACGUUUAUCUCAGACGCGCUCGACGGUCGCAUAGAGGACGCACCACAAUCAAGGUAA